CGUGAGCAUGAUUUCCACAACAUAGCCUUAUUUGUUUUCAGCUUCGAAAUCUUCCAUUUGAAUAUCUUCGGUUUCUGAGAGGAAGAGAGUGGGAAAAUGGCCAUCUUCACGACUGAAAAUCCCUGGGUGCUUAUUUUUGGAGUUCUAGGUAAUAUCAUAUCCAUCGUGGUCUUUUUGGCCCCAGUGCCAACGUUCUGUAGGAUAUGCAGGACGAAGUCAACUGAAGAGUUUGAAUCAGUUCCAUACGUGGUUUCUCUGUUCAGCACUAUGCUUUGGCUGUACUAUGCAUCCCUCAAGUCUGAGUCCAGCGCUUUCCUGCUUAUCACGGUCAACUCGGUCGGAUGUGCUUUAGAGACGAUCUACAUCGCUCUCUACCUUGCGUAUGCUCCUAAACAAGCCAGGAUGAUGACACUGAGGCUGCUGUUGCUGAAUUUCGGAGGGUAUUGUUCCAUUCUUCUUCUGUCCCACUUCUUGACGGAGGGAUCGGCGAGGGUCCAACUUGUUGGGUGGAUUUGCGUUGCGCUCUCUGUUGCAGUCUUUGCUGCUCCGCUAAGCGUCAUUAAAAUGGUGAUAUGCACCAAGAGCGUGGAGUUCAUGCCCUUCUUUUUAUCGUUGUUCCUCUUGCUCAGUGCUGUGACAUGGCUCCUAUAUGGCGUAUUCCUCAAGGACUUGUAUGUUGCGGGUCCAAACGUGCUAGGAGUCAUCUUUGGAGUGCUUCAGAUGGCGCUGCAUGCCAUAUACAGGAAGAGAAAUAAAGCUGUGACGGAGGAGGAGAAGAAUGAUACCAGUGUUGGAAAGCUGAACUCUGAUAUACAAAGUUGCAAAGGGCAUGACCUCAUCAUUUUUAUUGAAGCUUCUGGUAAAGGACCAGUGGCCACACCAUCUCAAGUUUGACAGGCGUCUAAGUUACUCAUAUGCCCGACGAGACUUCUUGUUUUCCAGCAGCUCCUAGAUGGCAUACUCAUUGCUUCUGCCAUGUAAAAUGCAAAUGCAAGAGAGUGUUUCCAUGCGCGUGUGGGAGCUUGGGGGGUAGUGUUGUUUGUGAAUGUUCAACUUGUUUCUCCUGAUGGCACGAUUAUCAAACGCAUUACUCUUCCAAGAACA